AUUUCCGGGAAGGCCAGUGGCAGAUUUUCAGUAGCUGCAGCCAGAACGGCCGUCAGCAGUUGAGCGUGUCUGCUAGAGGGGUAGCUGUGCAUGCUGUUCUGACCCCUGGCCUCCACUAUGCCAGCCUAACUUGAGACGCCCAACAUCCUAGGCCUGGAGCACUGCGUGCAGCACAGAGAACUGCCUGACUGUCCAGCCUUGUCCUCAUGGCCCAUCUGAACCCCGAGCAGCUCCAGAAGUUCCAGGAGGAUGGAUUCCUGGUACUAGAAGGAUUCUUGUCAGCAGACGAGUGUGUGGCCAUACAACAGAGGGUUGGUGAAAUAGUGGCCGGGAUGGAUGUCCCUCCCCACUGCCGCACAGAAUUUUCCACCCAGGGAGAGGAGCAACUGUCAACCCAGGGCAGCUCAGACUAUUUCUUGAACAGCGGCGACAAGAUUCGAUUCUUCUUUGAGAAAGGUGUUUUUGACAAAAAAGGAAAUUUCCUGGUCCCUCCAGAGAAAUCCAUCAACAAAAUUGGCCACGCUCUGCACGCUUAUGACCCUGUCUUCAAGUGUGUCACACACUCCCCCAAGAUGCAGGCGUUGGUCAGAAGUCUAGGCUUCCAGAUGCCUGUGGUGGUGCAGAGCAUGUACAUCUUUAAGCAACCUCACUUUGGUGGCGAAGUCACCCCUCACCAGGAUGCCUCCUUCCUGUACACGGAGCCCCUGGGCCGCGUGCUGGGCAUAUGGAUCGCGGUGGAGGAUGCCACGCUGGAGAACGGAUGCCUCUGGUUCAUCCCUGGCUCCCAUACCAGUGGAGUGUCGAGAAGGAUGAUCCGGACCCCUCCUGGCUCGGUGCUUGGCAUCAGCUUCCUGGGGUCAGACCCAGACUGGGAUAACAGCCUCUUUGUGCCUACACCAGUGCAGAGAGGGGCUCUUGUCUUAAUCCACGGACAAGUGGUGCACAAAAGUGAGCAAAACCUCUCCGACCGCUCACGCCAGGCCUAUACUUUCCACCUCAUGGAGGCCUCUGGCACCAUCUGGAGCCCAGAGAACUGGCUCCAGCCAACAGCUAAGCUGCCCUUUCCCUCACUGUAUACCUAAAGGCUCCUGUAGGGCUAGGCACUGUCCCCUCCCCGGAAGCUGUGGGCUGCAGACACCGGCACCUCACCCGACCGCCCAGCUGCAAUGGGGAAGUCACAUCUCUCCUGAGCUUUCUUUCUGCUCGUGUCUGUGCCCCUUGGCCCUGCAGAAAGGCAGGCAAGAGGUGGCAGCCGAGCAGCAGGAGCCCUCCCCCCUGCCCCAACACAACCACCCUCUAGAGGCAGCCUCUCAGCUACAGAAGGGUUCUCUCCACUUCUCUGCCAGCUUCUUACUCUUUUCCCCUCUCAACAGAACUCUAUUACGGUGCAAGACAUUGAAUAAAAAUGACUUCC